AUGCUCAGAGGGCGUACGAGGCUAUCUCUACUAGAAUCUCAAUUGAGAAGCUUUAACGCAUUCGUAUCUAGUUAUGGCUAUACUCAGUCCAGUACUACGCCAACUAUCGUCCCUUCCACAAGCCAAUCUGUAGCUUUACCACCAGGUCAGACGCUUUCAAAAUCCUUACAAGAUUCGCAUGCAACACUCAAUCAUGCUUUAGGAUCUGCAAAUUACAAUAACAUUGUUAAUUCUCUACGGCGGUCUUAUCAUCUCACUACUGCAGUCUCUUUUCCUGCUUAUGCUAUCUCUUAUACACUCGAUUUGAUGCUUCAAGAUCCUAUACCCGAUGAUUCAAUGCUUGAUGGCGCAACUUUACUAUUCAAGUAUGCUCGCAAGAUAGACGCGGUACCUUAUGACACUAGCACCGUUGAAUUAUUCGCAAAAGUCUUUUGUCAUCUUGGCCAACACGAGCGGGCAUUUAAACUUCUACGUACAUUUAGGCGUUUAAAUAAAUUUGUUGGGGUAGACGUUAUAGAGAGCGUAGCCAAAAGUAUGGAAGAUGUAAAGGAAUACGCAAUGUCUUUAGACACACUCUCAAUGAUUCCAUAUGAUGAAAAACCAACAAUAAACAUCCUCAAUUUGCGCUUACGUUCGUCAAUCGCUUGCGAAGACUACAAAAGAGUUAAUCUAGUAGAGUUUGAACACUUCGACAUUACUCCAAAUCAGGAUACCUACCAUGCAUUGAUAUUUGGUGAACUUUUAAAUGGAAAUUUGGAACAAUCGAAAUCAUAUCUUUUUCAGAUGCGUAAUAGUGGCUUUACAGAUAACGUUGCUACUCAUUUGGCGAUUUUACGGGCAUAUAGAAGUUUAGGUAUAGAUCCAACACUCGAACAUCACGCACUUAAUGAUACUGCUAAAUUGGGACUAAAUGCUGAUGCUAGGGUACUCAAUGCGCUCAUGAUGUUACGUAUAGAUGCAGAAGAUGACAGAUUAGCGUUGCGGAUAUUUGAAAAAUUCUUUAACCAUUCAAAGACAACGAAUGACACAUCAUUAGAAAGUCUAGUGAAGGAAACACUGGAGUCAAGGAAUACUGCAUUCAAGAAACCACAUCCUGAUGCUGCAACCUACGCAAUCGUUAUACAAGUCUUUGCUCGGAAUGGUAAUCUUGAAAUGGCAAAGUUCUACUAUGAGGAUUAUAAGAAAUACAUCAACAAGCCAAACAGUCACGUAGAAUCUGCUUUUAUCAAAGCCCAUGUAAGCGCUGGCGAAUUACCUGCCGCAUUGAAUCUACUACGUAAUGGUCAUAUUCGUACAUCAGCGAGGUCUAUAAACGCUUUAUUUAAAGGUGGAUUAUCAGAUGCUAGUGAAAUGAAGGGUAUCUACACUGCAUUACGCCUAUUCAAGAGAUCAAAAUCUAAACCGGAUCACAAAACAUUAGAAUUAAUUAUACAGCACUUACAUAAUUUACACAUGCCACCAUCAAAACUUCUACGCAUACUCAACAAGUUAAUAGCAAUAUCAUCACAUAGAAUAUCAUUGAAUAUGCGUUUAUUUAAUAUCAUCAGAUUAUCUACGUCUGAUCACGUAAAAGCAUUUAUAAGCCAGCCUUCAAAAUCUAUUCAAGUGCGCACGCCAGGCGUUGGUAAAAAGCAUCCAACUUAUAUACCCUCUUACGAAUCUAUAUCAAAAAUACAAGAUUAUUUAGAAAGGAAAGGUCAAAAUGAUGAUGGUAUGUCAAUUACAAUUAAGAUGCGAUUACUAGCAAUAUCUGGGGAGUUUGAAGAAGCAAAAGCAGUUUUAAAGGAGAUUGUUGGCAUGGGUUAUAAACCAACGAAAUAUCAUUUUGGUGCUUUAAUUGAAGGUGCAACACAAAAUGGUAAUUUUUCACUUGCCAAAUCAAUUAUUCAACAAGCAGGUAAAGCAGGUGUUGAAUCUAAUUCAAUUAUGUAUUCAAUUAUCUCUGCUGGAUAUGCAAAAGCUGGUAAAUUAGUUGAAGCUGGUGAAAUGUUUGAUUGGAUGUUAACUAAAAAGAUGAAAGUCAACGAUGAAACGAUUCAUCUGCUUGUUAAGGCUCAUUUGGAUGCACAAAAACCACGUAAAGCGUUAAAGAUCAGUAGAUGGUUGGAUAAACCUCCACAAUUACUUGAUGACAACAUUUUAGCUACAUUAUAUCGUCUCUAUGAUCAUAAUGGAAUGUACAAAGAAUCAGAUGAGAUCGUCAAACACAUUCGUACACCUAAUAAAAUACUAAGAGACACGAUCCGCUUGAUGAAGAAGAGAAGAGAGAAGAAGAAUGUAUAUAAGGAUUACAGUAGAAGCAAUUGGACGAAGGUACACCUAUUUCCAGGUGCUCAUAAAACAUACACACCUCAGCAACUCAAAAGACUUAUAAUUGAGUGGUCAAAAGUAUGGAACAAUUCGAGGAAAUCUUCUGGUUACAGACGUAGUUUACCACUAUCUCGCUAUUCACGUAGUAGAUUUUUAUCAAAUAGAAAGCAUUUGUAAAUUAUUUGUCAACUUAUAAAAUUAUAGAUUUUGCAUAGUUUGAGUAGGGUAGCGCUCAGGGUUGAUCGAUAUGCUUGAAGUGCUUUUGCUGGUUGAUGAUGGUACCAAGAUUGAGCACACUAGAAUUGCUUUUAGAGUUUACUUAAGACACCCGCUUGCAUACAAUCGCAGUGGAAAGUAAAAGAGCCAAUUUUUCUUAAUAAAGUAAAGUGAAAUACUCUAGUGUAAGCGUAUGUUUAUCGAUGCAAAUUUUCGUCGACGUUCUUAAAAUAGAUUCGAGUAUAUAUUAUAAACACCAGUGCGAGUAACAUGAGAUCACCUCUAUUCUAUUCCAUUUUAUUUGAAGCAAUCGAUCAUUUUGACAUGAUGCAGCUACACUAAUAUAUGACUAACAUCCAUCCGAAGAGGCGCUAAUGUAGAUACUCUCUACGAGAUCGCCGGAGCUACCUUUUUAGAUUUGAUUUCAGAUGUAAAACUUUUUUUAUCAUCGUCAAUUCAUCAGAUGAGGCUUGUAGUGCCUUACUUUAGGGAUCUUGUUCGCCUAAGACACUGUAUAACUCUUAUGAUUGUUGAAUUUGAUUUCCAAUUUCGCAUAAAGGUCUCUUGUGUUCCUACAUAAUUU